AUGACCACAAGCGUUUUCACACAACUCGCUUCACAUCAAAAAACAAUAACUUCACCACAAUCGAUCCCUCUAGAAUUCCUUCAGUUCUUCAAGAAUGGAAGAGAUCACGUUCCGUUUGUUUUCCAAUUAAUUAUUUCUCAACAACUCUUCAAAGAUGUCAACAACAACAGCAGCACUCCCACCAACACAACAACUACUCUUCAAUCAUUAAUACCAUCUUUUGCAGUCAAUGUCUCUUCUCUUGUCAAUUCCUUUUUCUUUAUUUUUUCUUUCUUUUUGUUUUUUGCCAUUGUCAUUGGAAUGUUUCUUGUGGCACACUCAUCGUCGAAAAAGUCAACCUUUGUCAUGAAACGAAAUAUUCAACGUAAUCAAAAGAUUCUUCUCUUUUUGACAUUCGCUUUGGUUUUCAUUCAAAUUUGUGGAUUAACCUUUCGAGUUCUCUACAAUGGACUCUCACUGGGUUAUAAUUUAGGCAAACAAGAAAUUGCUUUUGAUGGAUAUUUUGUUGUGACACAAGUGUUUGGAAUGAUUGAGAAUUUCUUGAUUGAAGUACAGACAGUGACAAUAUUUGUCAUCAUGUGUUUCAUUCAAAAUGUGUUCUUAAACACAGCUUACCGUGCAGGAACGAUGAAAAAGAGAGUAUUCAAAUUUCUUGUAUACUUUUCCAAUAUCUCAACCUUUCUCUUUGCUUUCAUAACAAUUUCCCUUGUGAUCGCCAUUGCUGUCACAAACCUUCUUGUCAAACUCAAUCUCCUCACCACAGAUCAGACCCCUCUCUAUGCAACAUCUCUUCUCAUCUAUCUUGUUCUCGUUUCCAUGCAAAGCAUUCUUUUUGUAUAUUAUGGAAUUCAAGUCAUGCGAACCAUUCAUCAACGAUCCCUCAACUUGAAACAAGAAACGAAUAGAAAUGCAUUCAUUAAUGCCAUUCAAAAACCAUUCACCAAAGUGUUAAUCCUGACCAUCGCCAUGUGUUUGUCAACAUUUAUCCAAAUUUUGUCAGCCAUUGCAGCGGUGAUAUCUUCAUCCUUUUCUAAUGACACUAUUACAGUUUCUUACUUUCUGAACUCGUUUGGAAUUUUGUUAUUUGCUGUAUGUGUGGUGCUGCUUUACAAUCCACUGUUUGCACAGGACAAGUUCAAUAUGGAUAUUUAUGCAGAACAGGAACGAGAGAGACAAUUGUUUGAGAAGACUCAAAUGUCAUCUCCAAGAGUACGAAGUAUCGCAUUAGAAAGGUCAUUAAGUGUCAGUGCAAUAUCUUUGAACUCUGACAAUACAAGUAACCCUGAAAAUACCCCAAGAUCCCAAGAUCCCAACGUUGGAAACAACAAGGAAUAUGAUGAUGACAAGAGUGAAUUAAGUACUAAUGAAAAGUGA